GUGGGUUGAACAAGGACCCGUUUGCAACUUUGCAUUCCGUAUUGGGGUCGUGCUGAGUUCCCAGCCUAUCCGCCGCUUCCCGGCGUUUCACGAGCCUCCCCGCGCCAACGCCGGCUAAAUGAACUGGAAACUCGCAUCUUCAAUUUCACAUUUUCCUGGUUACUUCAAUUUCAGAACAUACUUAGCUACCGCACGAAACAUUUGGAAAACACUUCCGGUCCAACGAAGGCAACGACCAUGGGAAAUGUUGAAAUUAAGCUCGCAAACGCAAUGGAUUGGAAGCUCAAACCGAUCAUUCCACAGUUCUUCGAAGGAAAAGGAAGAUGACCGCUUUAUGGAAUUGGGCCCUGCCGUGAACGAAACUGAUGUUUCAGAACUGAAACUGUCAACAGAGAAGCGCGAGCGGUUUAGGUGGCAGAAUGGUUCUGUAAGGAAAAGCUUAGCCAACAAGGGGCAUCUAGUGAACAAGCGUGUGGGCGAAAAGGAAACUCAUGAUGUAUCAGAUCGCAUCAUGGCUCAACUCUUGGAUGCUUUUGGUGCAAAGAGGCCAGCUGGUAAAGUCAAAUACGUCGGUCGUCAUGGUGAACCCCAUCAAACCAUGGUUGAACCAUACCAUCUUGGUGGAAUUAUAUCAACAAUUAGAAUCAACGGGAUUAACAAAUGUGCAUCCAACAAUGAAAUACAUUCACUCUGUAGAAAGGUUGGCAAUUUAGAAAGGUUGACAUGGGUAGGCAAGGCAGCUGUGGAUGCAUACUUUAGAGUGGGGAGUGAAUCAGAGUCAAUAGGAAUCGUAACGAAGUUAAAUGGUCAUACCAUUGGUGGCAGACACUUAGCAGCAUCUAUCCCUUCAGGCAACUCUACAAAAUCGAUUCCCAAAAAGAAGUGAUCAAAGAGGUCUGUACUUCAGCACUACCCUCAAUAGCUCAAGAGGCAAUUGGAGUUGAAGAAGGCAUGCUUCGAUGAUUUAGAGAGUUGCUGCAUAAUAGUAUAUUGCACAUUCAAUGUUCUCGAAUUUGAGUGUUUAAUUGAUAUAUGGAUACAUCAUGGAAAGUAUCCUUCAAAUUCUUUGAAGCAUAGCUGGCUAGUUCAUUAAAACCAGUUCAGGUUAAUGUGACUCGUCCAACUAUGAUUUUUCUAUGUUGGAUGAUGCAGUGAUUUCAUAGAACUUUUUAUUGUAAUCAAUGAACUAAGUUUAUCAAGAUGAGUCAAGUCUUACCACAAUACAUGGUAUUGUGACUAGUCAUGGACCCAGGCC